AUGGGGGCGCCAUCGAGUUCAUCCUCCCAGUGGUUUUUCCCGGUCUCUGCCCUGCAAUGGACACCCAGCAGCACGACCUCCUCAAUUUCGUUAGACAAGGAGCUAUAUGAUAGGGCUCGAGGUAUUGAGUUCCUUUACCGCUUGGGGGUCUCCCUCCAACUACCGAUCUCCGCCAUGUAUACGGCCGCUACGUGGUUUCACCGAUUUUACAUGCGAUACUCUAUGGAAGAUUACCACCGGCAGGACGUUGCAGCAUCCUGUAUCUUCCUUGCGACAAAGACGGAAGAGUGUGGGCGAAAAUUGCGCGAUGUUGCAAAGGUCUUCUACUCGAAGGUUGCCAAAAUAGAUAUCAAUGAUAUUUCUGAUGACAAUAAGGAGCUAGAGACGUAUCAAACCGCUAUCUUAUUGACAGAGGAAGCAUUACUCGAAGCGCUGUGCUUCGAUUUCGUAGUUGACAGUCCACAUGCAGAACUCGUGGAUCUUGUCGCCGCGCGCCAGGACACGGAACAGCUCACCGAGUGCGCUUGGUCGAUUGCGAACGAUACAGCUCGAACGCCACUCUGCGUAUUGUUUCCCUCACGGAUCAUCGCCGCUGCCUGCUAUAUACUCGCGCAGCACGUUAUAGAAGGCCCUCAAUCGCCUUCUCUAGAUAUACGUAUCGCAUCUCCCGCGCCAUCUGCGUCGCUACCCACGCCUCCAUCACAUAAGGUCUUAUCGCCCGAGACAUCCCGGUUCGCCGUGGAGUACUUUGGGUUCAAUGAGGUCGAAUUAGCUGGGGUGGCAGAAACCCUGAACAUUAUUCUGGAGUUCUACGCUGGGCAAGCUGUCAAUAAGUCGGGCGCUCAUCUUACCUCAGUAGCAGCAAUCCCUCCACCAAAAACUUCAUCCUCUCGUCAACCGCUGUACAAUGCGUUCGAUCCGGGCAAUCACCCGCAAAUAACGCAGGGAUCUAGCUCUCAGAACGACUCGAGCGCUACCCCUAAUUCCACGCAUGGAGGACAAACACCAGCCAAAAUUUCCUCGAAAGGGUGGAAACCUGUGGGGGCAUGA